AUGCACACUGGAAUGCCUUCAAUCCGCUCUGACGAUGAACCAAUUUUUGCAUUCUACCGUUACAACCCCAGCAUGGGCGGUGCGGUCCUUUUCACCAUCCUUUUUAUUGGUACCACCUUCUACCACAUCUUCCAGUUAUUCAAAACUCGGACAUGGUUCUUCAUUCCAUUCGUGAUAGGAGGUCUCUUUGAGAUUGUUGGAUAUAUCGGGCGUGCUGCGUCAAGCAAGCAGAGCCCGGAUUGGACACUGGGCCCAUACAUUGUGCAGACACUCUGUUUACUCCUCGCGCCGGCACUCUUAGCAGCAUCAAUCUAUAUGCUACUCGGGCGAAUUAUCCUGGUACUGCAGGCAGAGUCGCAUGCGAUUCUGAAAAAGAAGUGGCUUACUAAGGUUUUUGUUACUGGCGAUGUGCUAUCGUUUAUACUACAGGGUGCUGGCGGUGGCAUUCAGAGUAGCGGAAGCCUUGACGGCCUGAAGACCGGAGAGCGCAUUAUCAUUGUUGGCCUUUUCGUCCAAAUAAUAUUCUUCGGCUUCUUCGUUGUUGUUGCUGUUCUCUUUGAUCUGAAACUCCGCAAGUAUCCAAUCCCACGGUCCGCUUCUGGGGAAAUUCCAUGGCGCAAACAUCUCAACAUUCUCUACGCAACCAGCCUUUUGAUUCUUGUUCGGUCGGUCUUUCGACUGGCGGAAUACAUACAGGGUAACCACGGUUAUCUCUUGCAUCACGAGGUCUACUUAUAUGUAUUCGACUCGCUGCUCAUUUUUAUUGCGAUGGUUGUUUUCAAUGUUGUUCAUCCCUAUGAAAUUACUCGACUCUUGAGCGGUAUUUCAGAUUAUGAAUUGACCGGCAACCCGGAAGAGCGGAUUGUCAAACCGUACGGUGCUUACCCUGGCGCAUGA